CACGAUAUAAAACCUAGUAGCCACCACAAACUUCACUCUCUUCCAUAGGGUUUUCGCAUUUGGUUACGCACUCCGUCUUCUAAAGAACCCUAGCUUUCUCAGCUAAUCUUUUCGCAGCCAUGUCGAAGAAGAAGACUAGAGAGCCAAAGGAGGACAAUGUGACGCUAGGACCUGCUGUGAGGGAUGGAGAGCAUGUUUUUGGAGUUGCCCACAUCUUUGCAUCAUUUAAUGAUACUUUCAUUCACGUGACUGAUCUGUCUGGCAGGGAAACCCUUGUUCGCAUCACUGGUGGUAUGAAAGUGAAAGCAGACAGAGAUGAGUCUUCCCCCUAUGCUGCUAUGCUUGCAGCACAGGAUGUUUCAAGCAGAUGCAAGGAACUUGGAAUUACUGCUCUUCAUAUUAAGCUCCGUGCAACUGGUGGUAACAAGACCAAGACACCUGGUCCAGGUGCCCAGUCGGCUCUUCGUGCCCUUGCUCGUUCUGGAAUGAAAAUUGGUCGCAUAGAGGAUGUGACUCCAAUUCCCACUGAUAGUACUCGCAGAAAGGGUGGUAGAAGAGGAAGAAGGCUGUAAGCAAUAUCUGUUGUCAGAGUGGCUGUGUUUUUAUGUUAUCCCUAUGGGAUGGUUGUUCCUUAAUUUUAGCAGCGGUUACUUUUCAGUUUUGGAACUAAUUUAUAGUUUUUAUCUGUCUGGAUGAAAGAUCUAUUUUGAGCGUUAUGUAAAAACAAUAGGCCGUAAGCAGAUUGGGAUAAUUGUUUUCUUGCACUACAUAUAAUGUCAUGAGUCAUUCGAAAAUUUAUUCGAUUGUUUCUUGCUGAAAGAA